CAAGUGACAUUGUGAACAAGGCAACUAACUAUCAGGCUUGGCUUGAAAUGAAGAAAAGAAAAUGGAAAGCCACUCGUGAAGAAAAGAAAAGGCGCAGAUUAAACAACUCAAACAUGUUGCAUGAACAUGUUGACACAGCUAACAAGCAGCCUGAGAAAAAUGGGGUUAACAAUCUGUUCAGAAAGCAUGGAUCAACUCUUUUUCGGUCACAUUGGCAGAUAGUUCAACUUGUUCCAGGACUACAACCUGGGCAUUUUUAUGCUUGGAUUGUUGUCAAUGGUAUUAUGCAUAAGAUUCCAUUAAAGAUCCCAAGAGUCUUUUAUCUAAACUCGAAGGCUCCUAUUACAGAAGAUUUUCCUGGAAGACGUGUUAAAAAGAUUCUUCCACAUGGCAAACCUAACUACAAUCUCAUUGAGGUUGUUAUCACUGAAGAACAAUUCAGGGCUGAAAGCAAGAAAUUUGCUGCUCUCCUGGCAGAUCCAGAAAUUGAGGGGAUAUAUGAAACAAAAGUGCCACUGGAGUUUCAUGCUAUUGUCCAGCUAGGUUGCGUAUGCAAAUUAGAUAAAGCUGUUAAACAUAAAAAUGCUGAUGAUGGAUGGAACCUUAAUGAGUUGCAUAUGAAGACUACAACAGAAUGCUCAUAUCUAGAACAAUCAAUUACCUACUUUUAUCUCUACCAUAGUUUGUCCGAUGGUAGGGCAAUCUACGUUAUAUAUUUCCCUAGAUCGACGAUAUCUGUUGUGGUUGUAAACCCUUUUCAGAACAAAGAACUAUCCUCAUCAAUUCUUGAGAAGCAAUUUCAUGAAGCUUGCCAAACAUUAGGUAUCGAGCGUCCAACAAAGGGCAAUAUUACAUUCAAGCUGGAGUAUGUUCGUUCAAUUGAAGCUGGAGUCAAGAUUUUGCAAAGUACAUUACUUGAAUACAGGCAUCAACAUCCCCAACCUGCUAUCGCUAUCAUAGAAUAUCCAGGCUUUCAAGCCACAAAAUCAGGGAUAAGAAUUCUGCAAGAGUUUCCUUGUGUUACAAUUCCUUGUAAUGCCAGUGACUGUAAUUAUCAGGCUCUUGGAUGGCAAGUCACAGCUGGCAAAAUUAGCAUGCAAAGAUGUGCGGCAUCAUCCCAAUGGUUCAUGGAAAGGGUUUUGCUUUCGAGAUAUGCACAUGUUCCAUUUGGAAACAUCGAGCUUGAUAAGCUUCUUUUUACUGCUGAUGUCUUCUUCUCUAGGGCAUUGCGUGACCAACAACAGGUACUGUGGAUAUCUGAUGAUGGCAUUCCAGAUUUUGGUGGUAUUUAUGAGGGAGAGACAUGCUUUGUUGACGAAGUCAACCAACCUGCUUAUAGCUAUCUCGGUGCAUAUAGAAAAGUGGCAGUUGAACUCAAGAUACACCACCUAGCUGUGAAUGCUAUCCACAAGAGUAGUCUACUUGAAGAAAUGGAUGGGGGAUCUUUAUUUGGUGAAUAUGGUUUGCAGCCUACAUCUUCUGCUAAUGAAACUGAUUAUGAUGAAGCCAGUGGAUGCGCUUCUGCAUUUCAAGUACUAAAGCAACUAAUUCAAAGAUGCAUGUCAGAUGCAGUGGCUUCUGGUAAUAUCUUUGCUGAUGCAAUUUUGCAGCGUCUUUACCAGUGGCUUUGCAGCCCCAUGUCAAAACUUCAUGACCCUGCACUUCACCGUGUGUUGGAUAUGGUCAUGAGAAAGGUAUUUGUUUUACUGCUUUAUGAGUUGCGAAAACUAGGAGCAAAUAUCAUCUUCGCGAGCUUCUCUAAGAUCAUAAUCGACACUGGCAAGUUUGAACUGUUGGCUGCAACAGCAUAUUGUGAUUCUCUGCUGAAAACUUUACAAACAAGAGACCUUUUUGAAUGGAUUGAGCUUGAGCCUCUGUAUUUUUGGCAUUCAUUGUUAUUUAAGGAUCAGUUUAAUUAUGGUGGAAUUCGGGCCAAAUUCCAAACAGAACCCCCAAUCACAAACACAGAGGGUGACUCUCAAGUAGAAAUUGUAGCAUGCUGGAACAUGGCAGAACACUUAACUAAGGACAUUCAGGCCCUCUUUCACUUGAGAGUCUCAGAAUUCUUGCAUGAUCCUUGGGUGUACUUACAAAAGCAAAUUUCUUCUCGAACUACUACAACUGAUGAUAGUACUUGUACACCCUCAAUCACAGUGACUGCUGCUGAAACUCUGGAAGACUGCAUCAAUGACCACAUUAGGAAACGGAUAAGCAAUUAUUUCACUGAGAAACUUCUUGAAGAUGUAUGCUCUAUAAACAAGAGGAUAAACAAAGACAAUAUGGAUCAGCCUCCAACUUAUGGUUUUUCAAGUUCAGUUGGAUAUCAAAGUCAUAAAGGAGAUGCUGCAUUGGAAUUCAUUAAACACAUUUCUGCUGUUCUUGCUCUUGAUCAAAAUGUUCAACAUGAUGUUUGGAGGAUGAGGAAGAAUUUACUAAGACUGGUUCAUGUAAAAGAAUUUGCUCCAGAAGCACAGUUUCAUGAUCCUUGUCCAUCUUUCAUACUUCCGAAUGUUAUUUGCAGCUACUGCAAUGAUUAUCGUGAUUUAGAUCUUGGUCGUGAUUCUGUGUUUUGGAAGGAUGAAUGGCGCUGUGCGGUGCCGCAAUGUGGACAGCCAUACAACCGUGAGCAGAUGGAAAAUCUCCUCCUCAAAAUAGUCAUGCAGAGAGAGAGGCUUUAUCACUUGCAGGAUCUUGUUUGCAUCAAGUGUAGACAAGUUAAGGCUGCUCGCUUGGCAGAGCUGUGUGAUUGUGGAGGUUCAUACCAGUGUUAUGAAAAUGCAUCUACCUUCUUAAGCAAAAUGCAAGUAAUUCACAACAUUGCAGCACGUCAAAAUUUCCAACUGCUCCAUAACUGCACCACUUGGAUUCUACAACAAGAAUAAUUUCCCUUUUUUCCAGAUAAAUUUUAAUAGCUGGAUGAUGGUUUCCAGUGUAUUUUCUUAGGAUUAAUAACAAGGUAUGUAAAUACGCUACAAUUUUUUUCAGUGAACUAAUUUUAGUUCAGAUAUAUA